GAAUGAUUCUGAUUGCCAAGAAAUAACAAACAAAAAUUGGGAUUAUAUUAUGGAUAUUGAAUGAAAAAAAGAAAAUGAGAAAGAAAAAUGGCUAGUGCCCCAGCAACUUCCCUACCUGAGAGAAAGGCCAUUAUUGCAAUAAGUUUCAUAGCAGCAUUCCUAUUCGUCAUCGUUCGUCUUACAAAUGAAGUAAACUUCCCGUUGAUUCUAAAAUGCUUUGGACAAACUGGUGUGAAAUGGAUGCCGUUUUCCGACAAACAAAGGCGGCCUCUCAGAACUCACUAUGGAUAUAUAAAUGUAAAAACACAAGAGCCUCUCCAGCUAGACUGUGAUGUCUGUGCCAUUGUUUCGAACUCGGGUCAGAUGGCUGGUCAGAAAGUGGGAAUUGAAAUUGACCAGUCCUCCUGUAUAUGGAGAAUGAACAAUGCUCCUACCAAGGGUUAUGAGGUGGAUGUUGGGAAGAAGACGACCAUACGAGUGGUCUCACACACCAGUGUCCCCCUAUUGCUCAAGAAUCCCGAGUACUUUUUCAAGGAAACCAAUAGCACGGUAUAUGUCAUCUGGGGGCCUUUUCGAAACAUGAGGAAAGAUGGCAAUGGCAUUGUGUACAACAUGCUGAAGAAAGCUGUUGACAGCUACCCCGAUGCCAAAAUCUAUGUUACAACAGAAAAGCGCAUGAAUUACUGUGAUGGGGUAUUUAAGGAGGAGACCGGAAAAGAUCGAGUCCAGUCAGGUUCAUAUCUCAGCACUGGGUGGUUUACCUUAAUUCUGGCUAUGGAUGCCUGCUAUAGAAUUCAUGUCUAUGGGAUGAUAAAUGACACCUACUGCAAGUCCGAAGCCUUUCGAAAGGUCCCUUACCAUUAUUAUGAGCCAGGAAGAGAUGAAUGUGAUGAGUACUUUCUGCAUGAAAAUGCUCCCUAUGGAGGUCAUAGGUUUAUCACAGAAAAGAAAGUAUUUGCUAAAUGGGCCAAGAAGCACACAAUAAUAUUUACACACCCCAACUGGACACUGUCUUGA